AACGGUCCAGAUAAAACCACCUGCUUCACAUUCACAGAAGUAAGGAAAUUGAACGGUCUAGAUCUGGCCACUUACUCUGACUUUGAUGAUAACAAAAACCAAACGGCUCCAACCAAUACCCGCUCUAAACAGUCACUCCACCUCUCUCCUCAAUGACCAUCACCUGCAUUCAAUCUCUCUGUAAAUCCCCCACCUUUCUCCCCCCUCCAACUUCUCUGGGUUCCCCAUGUUUCUCGCGGAUCCCCGACCCGAACCCACUUUCCAGAAACAGAGAAUCCAAGUUUUACACAGAGAGGAGAAUCGGCAGUAAAAGCAGAAGAGGUUGGGGUGGGAUUGUGUGUGGUGUGGCGUUCCCGAUUGAUCCAUGGGCGCCCAGCAUUGACUCACAGAGCAUAGCUUCACAGCUGUUUGCAGCUUCUCUGUUUCCCUACCUGGGUUUCUUGUACUUCAUCACCAAGUCAAAGUCUGCCCCAAAGCUCACUCUUUUUGGGUUCUACUUCUUGCUUGCUUUUGUGGGGGCCACCAUUCCUGCUGGAAUUUAUGCAAAGGUGAAUUACGGCACUUCAUUGGCGAAUGUCGAUUGGUUACAUGGCGGGGCUGAGGCAUUUCUCACUCUAACCAACAUAUGCAUCGUGUUGGGGUUGGGGGGGGGCUCUCAGAAAAGCUGGAGAUGCAGAAGAAAGAUCAGCUCCUAUUUCCGGGUUGAAGGAGGAGAAGAAAACUUCUGUUUAGGUGCAGCAGACGGUUCUCUCUGUGUUCAUUCACUGUUUUCCGUGGUGAUUCUAGAACAUGAGAUGCAGGCGCUGGCUUUAGUGUGGAAAAGGGAAGUGCAAAGCUAUAUAAGCUAUAUAUAUAUGUGUGUGUGGUAUUUGGUUAUUGGUCAACACGCACUUGGACAUUCUUAUGUGACGAGAUUAUUGACCAUGUUUCUUAUGGUUGUUGGUCUAAUCUUACUGAUUUAUCUUUAAAAAUGUAUUUUAAUA